AUGAAUCUGGAUAUGUGUAAUGUUACGGUAUAUUCGCCAAAAAAACGGCGUCGACGACGGAAGCUCAUUACACCGAGGUUGUCGCCCCAACCUGAGGUAGCGGUUGAAGAGGAACGAGACGGUGAUGGACGUUAUUCUACUACGCGCGCAGUGACAGAACACCACGAAAGAUUCUUCGUUUGCUGUAGAUUCAUUAAAUUCAUUCAUUUUGAUAAUUAUAUUGAUGUGAUCGGUAUUCUGCAACGUUCCGUUAAAAAACUCAACAAAAUUGGUGGCACAAAUAAAUUCGAAACGUCAAAGAAAUCCUAUCAAGCGGCACUGACGAAAAAUGCAUGA